AGAAGACCAGUUUCAGGAUCUGGUUGUCUUUUAAAGGUACCAUUGGAUAGAGUAGUCUCUAUUGACAUUGAUGCAACAGAUAGAGCAGCAGACGCUCCGAGUAAUACACCUAAUUCGACAACACAUAGAACGAUAAAUUACAUAAAGAUAAUUCUGUAAAUAUUGGAUCGUGGAACACGGCAUGGCGUUCGUGUCAACAAUAGUACCCCUCCGCUAUCACUAGGGAACCAGACAUACACAAACAGCAGACAGAAUCAAGUUGGCAACGUUUACCUUGCUGGUGUUCCAAUAGUUAGCUUAUUCAUCGAUGGUCAAGAGCGCCUGUGUCUGGCUCAAAUCUCCAAUACUCUUUUGAAGCAGUUCAGCUACAACGAGAUCCACAACAGAAGAGUAGCAUUGGGAGUCACGUGUGUACAAUGUACACCUGUCCAACUUGAGAUUCUUCGACGUGCGGGUGCCAUGCCAAUUUCUUCCCGACGUUGCGGCAUGAUCACAAAACGUGAAGCAGAACGCCUGGUGAAGUCAUUUCUAGAAGACAACGCCCCACCAAAACUUCCUGACAACUUUGCUUUUGACGUGUUUCACCUGUGUGGUUGGGGAAGUAAGGGUAGUUUUAUUCCCUCUCGUUACAACAGCUCGCGGGCCAAGUGCAUCAAAUGCACCUACUGUAAUAUGUUCUUUUCUCCCAACAAAUUCAUCUUUCAUUUCCACCGCACUAAUGAUUCAAACAGUUACUGCCAUCCAGAUGCAGCAAACUUUAACUCAUGGCGAAGACAUCUUAAAUUGGACAAUGAUCCGAGUGAUGAAAUGGAGCAUGCUUGGGAAGAUGUAAAGGCUAUGUUCAACGGGGGUAGUCGAAAGCGUCUGAUCAGUUCAAAUGCCAACUCAAAGACAAACAACAUUAACGUGCGACCUGGUAAUCCUCAAGAAUCCCAGAAAAGGCAAAGGCUUGAUAUCGAUACCACUACUGGACUCGCAGCUGCAGCCACUAUGUCCUAUCCUUACCCUAUGGUUCCAGUGACGAGCAAUCCAAUGCAACCCUUUGCUGGUCUAGUUCCGAGAGCUGCACACCCAGCCUUUCCUUUCUCUACUGAUGGGCAUAAUCUUUCCCCCGACUCUGCAGCCAAAUUCUCAUUGUCAGACAUGUGGAAAGGAAAAGGCAUGCCCCAUCCGUACUACCAUCCUUUUGGUAUGCUAUGGGCGAAUAACAUGGGACUCGCACAAGGUGCCCCAAAGCCAUUUGACCUUUCCAUGGCUGCAGACAAUAAAACUAAAUUCUCACAGAAGAAUUCAAGCCAAAGUGCAAUCCCUAAGAACUUUAGCAUAAGCGAAUUAAGUAAAGAAGAUGAACGCUCAAAACAAAAAACAGAGAAACUUUCAGCAUUCAGACCAGUUAACAAAGACUGUGAUUCCCGGUUCAACCUUGAUAUGGGGCUGAAGAAUUAUCUAGAUAGCUCCGCAAUAAACAGAAGCCCGACCACGUCAGAUCAAAGUAGUGAUGCUGAAGAACCAAUUAACACGGUUGAGGAUGCGGGUAUCAUCAAUGUAACUGAUGUCGAUCAAAAUGAAGAGAAUCGUAAGAAAGAUGAUGGUAACGAUUUUCCAUCUUCAACAGAUGCCCAACAGUCACAUGUUGGUCACGUGUCAACCACAGCAGAACCCGAAAACACAGGGCAAUUCGCUUCAAGGGAUUCUACAAAUCGAACUGAAAGCAAUGAGGGACGAGUGAAUAACAACAACUGCACAGUUACGAACGUAUGCCCAGCAGCACCCGAAGAUGGCCUCCUUAUCAGCAUGACAAACGAUGAGCUCCAGGAUGAGUUGAAACAAGUGAUGGACGCCAGAGAAAGAGCGGAGAUGGAAUAUCAGGAAAUACAAGCAUCUUUGCGAGAAAGCCUAAAAAGAGACGAAGUGAUCGAAGCACACGAUUCAGACCAAUCAAAAGAGCUAGAGAGACAGAUGCAAGCACGAAGAAAUGUACAAUCUAAACUAAAGGAGGCGCACCAAGCACUGAGUCACUUCUCAAGCAAGAUGACGUCAUUGAAAGAUUUUGUGGACGCUAGAAGGAAAAUGGAAUCCACCUCAAACUUGUAUUAAAUAACAAUUAAAGAAAAUGUGUUGCAAAAUCGAAUUUUCCAUUUUAGUAUGGGUUUUGAGCAUCAAAAACUACUCCCAUAUGAGCCAAAGCCAGUAGGCGAUUUUGCCUGAAUAUGAGAUCGGGAGAAUCUGGUGUUUUGUCAAACGAAAUGUGCAAUUUAGAUGUAUACAUAAUUUGAGUGCAAUUUGCUCAAGACAAUAGCUCACUCGAGCGGAAAACUCUUAUGUUAUUUAACACCAAAUGUAUGCGAGUAUGUUGGUCUAUUUACAAAUUUUCUUAAAAAUGAUUAUAUUGUAUGUGUGAAUGUAUUCUUUAAAGAUAGAUCAUUGUGUGCAAUUAUUAUUCAGUAACAAUAGAAAUAUACUUG